UGUUGAGCAGCUAGAACCAGGAAACGAAGAAAGACAGACGAACGAGUUUUCAUCGGAGAGGCAUCAAACUCGGUCCGAUAGACGGAUAAAACUAAGUUUAGACGGAGAACUGAGUCACGUUUGAGUUCAAAAUGAUCUUCUUCGUUGUUUUAUUGCUUUUGGGGGCAGAUGUGACGGUAAACAGCGAGAAACAUUCCCUCACGUACAUCUACACGGCCCUCUCCAAACCUGUGGGACUCGAGGGCAUCCACGAGUUCACAGCCAUGGGUCUGCUGGACGGCAAGAUGAUCGACUACUACGACAGUGAGCAUCAGACCAAAGUUCCCAAACAGCCCUGGAUGGAAGAGCGACUUUCUAAAGAGUACUGGGACAAAGGAACACAGUCCCGCCGGAGCAAGCAGCAGUGGUUCAAGGUCAACAUCGACAUCCUGAUGAAACGGAUGAGACAGAAUGACACCGACGUCCAUGUUCUCCAGUGGAUGCACGGCUGUGAAGGUGAGGAAGGAACUGACGGCUCUCUACAGUUCCAGCGUGGUAUGGACAUGUACAACUAUGAUGGAAACGACUUCCUGUCCUUCGAUGAUGCCAACGCAGUCUGGGUCGCCCCGACUGAUGCAGCUGUCCCCACCAAGAGGAAGUGGGAUGAAGUCCAGGUCCUGAAAGAAUACACCAAAGGCUACCUGGAGAACGAGUGCAUGGACUGGCUGGGGAAGUUCAGGAGUUACGGCGAAAAUCAGAUAAGACAAGCCUCUCCUCCUGAAGUGUUCUUGUUUGCGAGAAACGCCAAAGUUGAGACCAACAUCAUCUUGAUGUGCCUGGCCACAGGCUUCUACCCAAAAGACAUCGUCCUCAAUAUCAGGAGGAACGGCCGUAUUCUAACCAGAGAGGACGGAGUGGUGACCUCAGGAGUUCGUCCAAAUGAAGACGACACCUUCCAGAGAAGAGACUAUGUGGAGAUUAAAAAAUCAGACAAGUCUGAUUACACCUGUGAAGUCAUUCAUGCUGCAUCUUAUAUGAAAGUGGAGAAGCCCUGGGAUCAUCAUCUUCCUCCUCCUCCUCACUCUGGUGGACUCAGCACUGCUGUCAUCGUUGGUGCAGUGAUGGGAGCUGUGGGUCUGGUCCUGGGUGUAGCUCUGACUCUGGCUGUCGUGCUGGUGGUACUGAAGAAAAAAGGCAUCCGUGGAGCUGCUACUAAUGAUGAUGCAAAAGAUUCUCCAGAGGUGGUUGUAGUUCCUCAACCAGUUGGUAACAGCGUGAACGUUCCUCUCCUGAAUGCUAAACCAACUCCUUCAGCUCCUCCAUCAGGUGGUAACGAUGUGAACAAACCUCUCCUGGAUGGAACCAAAGAGUCUAAGGCGUCUCUGAACAGCGACAACAGCUCUGACUCUGGUGUUAAUGGUUCUGCUGGCUCUGAUUCUGCUGGCUCUGGUUCUGCUGGCUCUGGUUCUGCUGGCUCUGAUUCUGGAGCCUCUACUUCUUCUGCUGACGCUGCUUCUAGGCCACUUCUUUCUAGUGCCCCUGACAGUGGCAACGAUGAGGCUAAGAAUUCCUGAACAGAAAUGAUCCAGCGAACGUCUGAAGUCUCCAGAAAUACUUCAUCAGAAACAUCAGGUCCAUCCAUCAGUGAGAAGGAGGCUGAGACUAAGAGGAAUGUAAAUUAAACUAAAGCUUUUUGUAGCUUAGAAAACUGAUGAAUCAACAGCUGAACAUGAUUCUAUUGAUUUCUUGAGUUAAUAAGUAUUUUUCAAUCUUCUUCAAUGUGACAUUUAGAUGAACUUAUUUGAAUCAGGAGCAUUUUUUAGAGCAAGCUGGAAGAAAUGAAACUAAUAACGGUUUAGACUUUAAAGAGUUGAGAUUAAACUAGAAAGAUUUGUCCAUGGUGAACAUUUAAAACCUGGUUCAUGUUAGAUUAGUGAUCUGUUUCAUGUAGAAGAAUCAGGGAGAAACUUUCAAAUGAAUUUAAAAUCAGAAAAGAAAACAGAAUUAAAACAAGAAUAUUAACAGAAAGUUUAAAGUAGAACUUUAUUGGUGCCUUAAUCUGGAUUAUUGAACAGUUUGAACCACGUUUUACAAACAGUCUGAAGUCGAUACACUGGCAUCAUAAUUUUAUAUUAAUCUGAUGUAUUGUGACCAGACACAUCAGGAAUGAUUGGAUGUAAAUAGUUGUUACUCUCUAGAUUUAAACUCCUUAGCUGUAUAAGUGUGACCUGGUACCAGCAACAGAACUUUGCUGUAAACGGAUUAUUAUUUUAUUAUUUUACUAGUAAAUCUCUUCUUCAUGUUUUAAAGCUAAUCAUCAUUAAAUAUGCGCCUGUCUUCAGUGAAUUCAGUUUGUAGAUGGGAUAUUAAGCUCUUUUAUGUUGAAAUGUACUCUGUGUAUUAUCUCUGUUUUUACAUUUUUAUCAUGAAUAAUCAUUUCCCGCUGAGGAGCACUUUGGUUUUACUUGCUUUAAGUUCUGAGCACGAUGUUUUUGGACGGUUUCAGUUCAUUGUUUUCCAGCAGAUUAUUAUUAUUAAAGGUUAUUUUAAUCGGACAAGAACUGAUUUUACUGUUUAUUCUCUUUUUGUGAAUGGCUUUCAGAAAUGAAUAAAAGUGACUUAGUCAA